AUGGCGGCCGUGGCGGCGGAGGCGGCGGCCACUGCAGCGUCCCCGGGGGAGGGGGGCGCCGGCGAGGCCGAGCCCGAGAUGGAGCCCACGCCCGGCAGCGAGGCGGGCUCCGGGCCCACGCCCGUCACCGCCGUGGAGGCCGAGGCCGAGGCCGCGCCCCGCCCGGGGGAGCGCGACGAGCGCCACGAGCGCCACGAGCGGGAGCGGGAGCGGCCCGACGGCCUGGACGCCCGCGCGGGCCCCGACCCCGACCCCGCCCCCGACGCCGCGGCCGUGGCGCAGCUCAUCCCCGGCUCGGAGGUGCGGGUCACCCUCGACCACAUCAUCGAGGACGCGCUCGUCGUGUCCUUCCGCCUCGGGGACCGCCUCUUCUCGGGGGUCCUCAUGGACCUGUCCAAAAGGUUUGGACCUCAUGGAAUUCCUGUGACAGUAUUUCCUAAGAGGGAAUAUAAGGAUAAACCCGAAGCCAUGCCGCUCCAAAGUAAAUCAUUCCAAGAAGGAACAGAAAUAAAGUGUGAAGUGAACGGUCCUGUUCCUGAUAACCCUACCCAGCCCUCAGAACCCAACCUAGCUAAAAGCCUGUGGACUUCCAAACCACCUCCUCUCUUCCAUGAAGGAGCACCUUAUCCUCCUCCUUUGUUUAUCAGGGACACAUAUAACCAAUCGAUACCUCAGCCACCUCCUCGGAAAAUUAAACGACCCAAGCGGAAAAUGUACAGGGAGGAACCCACUUCCAUAAUGAACGCUAUCAAACUACGACCCAGGCAGGUAUUGUGUGAUAAAUGUAAAAGCAGUGUUGUGGCCGAGAAAAAGGAAAUGAAAAAAGGUGGAAAUGCAAAUGACUCUUCUAAAUAUGAGGAUAACAAAAAACGAAGACAUGAAAGUGUAACUACUGUGAAUAAAAAACUUAAAACUGACCCUAAGAUGGAUGGGAAAAACCAAAAUGAAAGCCAGAAAAGAAAUGCUGUGGUUAAAGUUUCCAAUAUUGCUCACAGCAGAGGCAGAGUAGUUAAAGUUUCUGCUCAGGCAAAUACUUCGAAAGCUCAGUUAAAUACUAAAAAAGUGCUGCAGAGUAAGAAUAUGGAUCAUGCGAAAGCCCGGGAAGUGUUGAAAAUGGCCAAAGAGAAGGCACAGAAGAAACAGACCGAAACCUCCACGUCCAAAAAUUCCCAUUCAAAGGUCCAUUUCACCCGCCGCUUUCAGAACACCAGCUCAGGUUCCCUCCCGCCUCGGUUGCGUUUAAAGCCGCAGCGGUACCGAAACGAAGAAAACGACUCCUCUCUGAAAGCGGGACUUGAGAAACUGCGGAGUGGCAAGAUGGCAGCCAAGCCCCAGUCUCGCUGUACUUCCACCCGCUCAGCAGGUGAGGCCCCUUCCGAAAAUCAGAGUCCCUCAGAAGGCCUGGAAGAGGCCAGCGGGGAGGUUGAGGACACGAGUGAAGUGCAUGUGGCCGAGGAGCAGGAUGAACCGCAGACACUGGGCAAAAAGGGCAGCAAAAGCAAUAUCACGGUUUACAUGAGCCUAAAUCAAAAGAAAUCUGACUCUUCCAGUGCGUCAGUGUGUAGCGUUGAUAGCACAGAUGAUUUGAAAUCCUCCAACUCUGAGUGUAGUUCUACUGAGAGCUUGGAUUUUCCUCCAGGCAGUGUGCAUGCACCUUCCACCUCCUCCACUUCCUCCUCUUCAAAGGAAGAGAAAAAGCUCAGUAAUUCCUUGAAAAUGAAAGUCUUUUCCAAAAACGUCUCUAAGUGCGUCACGCCAGAUGGCAGGACCAUAUGUGUAGGGGACAUUGUCUGGGCCAAGAUUUACGGCUUCCCUUGGUGGCCGGCCCGUAUCCUCACCAUAACGGUGAGCCGGAAAGAUAACGGCCUUUUAGUCCGGCAGGAGGCCCGUAUCUCCUGGUUUGGCUCCCCCACAACGUCUUUCCUUGCUCUUUCGCAACUCUCCCCCUUUUUAGAAAACUUCCAAUCACGCUUUAAUAAGAAGAGAAAGGGCCUGUACCGCAAGGCCAUCACAGAGGCAGCGAAGGCUGCAAAGCAGCUGACUCCCGAAGUGCGGGCCCUGUUGACGCAGUUUGAGACGUGAACGAGGACGGUGAGGUAGGCGAGAAAAGUUGGGAGGCUCCACAGGAUUCCAUAGUCUAGUUAGGACCGACUUCCAGGAAGUAGACUCGGCCAGAUCAGAACAGUCGCACUCGGUCGGCUGCUUUGAUUUUAGUUUUUUGGGGUUUUUUUUUUAAUAUAUCAAAAAAAUGUUUCCGUGAGGUGAAAAACCGAAACGGGGUUACAGGCGAUCAGAUUUUAAAUUCCGUGCAAGGGAGGUGGAGCGGUGUUUUCCACUGCCGUUUUAAACCACGAAAUUCUUCACCCACCUCAAGGUAUAGGAACCGUGGCCUCAGAGGAAAGUUUAUUUAUUUGUAGGGAAUUUUUUAGCAGUUUCUACACGUGACGUACGGAGCUUGUCACUGUGUGACACAGGCCGCACACGUGAGGAAUGGGAAUUAAUAGCCGUGAGCUGGGUAGUCCACCAGGAAAACUAUGGGACCUAGUGACCACUUGUGGGGCGUGGUUUUUUUUUGUUUUUGUUUUUGGUUUUGGUUUUUUUUUUGGUUUGGUUUCUUUUUAGUGAACACUCAGCGUUUCUAUGCACACAGGGGCAUACAUCUGACACUUCAGUUUUUGAAAAGCUGAAAUGGGGAUACUUGCAGAUUCGAGGAGAGCGGAAAAGUUGCUCAGUAUUUGGGAUCAAGGGCUGUCAAUGCUGCAUAGGUGUGAAUCAUGACUUCCUGCCUUUCUUCCACGGGGAAAAAAAAAAUGAUCUUCCAAGCUUUCAGCCUGGGAGUUUAGAUAAAGAGGUUUUGUUUUGAAUAUGUAAAUAAUCGAUUGCUAAAUUUGGUCAGAUUUUCUCCUGACUGGCUGUUCCUAAAUUCUUAGGAUACGUCCCGGUAAAUUACACUUUGUGAAUUGUCAGAUGUGUAAUUGUUGCAUUUUUGGAUGUACCUAAUUUCAUAAUUUUUUAAAGCAUUUCCGUUUAAGGUAUCUGUUUGCAGGUCAGAAAAUGAGAACUUGUAAUUGUGUAAUGCUCUGAAAUGUACAAAAACUGUAAAUAAAAUCGACUAAAUCUGAA